AUGGCGUCCUCGCGCGCAGGGGCGCGGGCGGCGGAGGCGCACGCUGCGGAGCCGGAGCCGGAGCCGGAGCCGGAGCCCGGGCCGCGGGAGCCCAGCUCGGACAGCGGAGCUGGUCGCCUCUCAUUCUGUACGAAGGUGUGCUAUGGUAUUGGUGGAGUCCCCAACCAGGUGGCCUCCAGUGCCUCAGCCUUUUAUCUGCAGCUCUUCCUACUUGAUGUGGCACAGAUCCCUGCUGCACAAGUGUCACUUGCCUUGUUUGGAGGGAAGGUGUCUGGGGCAGUUGCUGACCCUGUUGCUGGCUUCCUCAUCAACAGAAGCAGGAGGACUGGGUCUGGCCAGCUCAGACCCUGGAUUCUGGGCUGCAUGCCCUUCAUCGCUGUGGCCUACUUUUUCCUGUGGUUCCUGCCCCCCUUCACCAGCCUGCGAGGCCUCUGGUACACCACCUUCUUCUGCCUGUUCCAGGCCCUGGCUACGUUCUUCCAGGUACCUUACACGGCGCUCACUAUGAUCCUCACCCCCAGCCCCAGGGAACGGGACUCUGCCACUGCAUACCGGAUGACCAUGGAAAUGGCAGGGACGCUGAUGGGAGCCACCCUCCAUGGGCUCAUCGUGUCGGGUGCUCACCAGUCUCAGCAGUGUGAGGAUGCUGUGCUCCCCAGGAGUGCGGCUGUCUCUCCAGAUGCGACUCGUCUUUACUGCAUCGCAGCUGCUGUGGUUGCUAUGACUUACCCUGUGUGUGGCGGCUUGCUCUGCCUAGGAGUGAAAGAGCCACCAGACUCUUCUGCCCCAGCUUCAGGUCAGGGCCUGAGCUUCCUGGCUGGGCUGGGCAUCACUGUCAGGCACCCGCCCUACUUGAGUCUGGUAGUCUCCUUCCUGCUCAUCUCUGCUGCAGUCCAGGUGGAGGAGAGCUACUUUGUCCUGUUUUGUAUGCACGCAUCCCGACUACACGACCACAUCCAGAACCUGGUGCUUACCAUCCUGGUCUCAGCUGUACUGAGCACCCCACUGUGGGAGUGGGUUCUUCAGCGAUUUGGGAAGAGGACAUCAGCAUUUGGGAUCUGUGUGAUGGUGCCUGCUUCAGUCUUGCUGGUGGCUGUGCCUUCAGCGCCCGUGGCUUACGUCGUGGCCUUUUUCUCUGGCGUGAGCAUUGCCGUGUCCUUGCUGCUACCCUGGUCCAUGCUGCCAAACGUGGUGGAUGACUUCCAGCUCCAGCAGCAGCAGCACGGCCCAGGCGUGGAGACCAUCUUCUACUCAUCCUAUGUCUUUUUUACUAAGCUUGCAGGCGCAGGCGCCCUGGGCAUCUCCACCCUCAGUCUGGAGUUUACAGGAUAUAAAGCAGGCGCCUGCCAGCAGACAGAGGAGGUGGUAUUCACUCUCAAAGUCCUCAUUGGAGCUGUGCCCACCUGCAUGAUCAUUAUUGGUCUGUGUAUCCUCAUGUUUGGCCCCUCUCCUAGGGUGCCAAGCCAGGACAUCCCUUGCCAGCUAAAACUUCGGAGGAGGACCAGCUACAGUCUUGCCUGAAGUUUUGGGAAAGAGUGGGAGCCUGCGCCUUCUGGGCCAUCUGUCCUCAGUCCUUGAGCACAUACGUAGCAGCUUAGCAUCAGCACUUUCUGCUGUGGCAUGGAGACUUAGUGAUCUUCUGAAGGGAGGGGCCUGAAUCUCUUGCCUGUUGAUCACAGAGCCUCUCAGGCUGGUUUCCAUGACUGUCAGGCAGCCUCAGACAUGGAAAGCAGCCUACUGCAACUACUUUUGUAAACAGCAAGCUCCUCCCAGCCUGGCCUGCACUUCUGUGGGAGCACCAGACCUUGAUGGGAAAGCUCCCACACAGGAAGACAAGACACACAGGUUUGCUUGCCCCCAGGCUCCACACAGAGGGCCCGAGGCACCACAUGAAUGGGCAGAUUGGACAGUGACAUUUCUGAGACAUAUCGGUAGAUUCAGAGACUAACCAUGAGGAGAGAAUGGGGAGAGAAUGGGGAUAGCAGUGGGGAAAAGACUCAGUACAGCCCACCCUGGCAUGUGGAUGUCUCGCCAACAUUUUGCUGAGCUCCCCAGAAUUGACAACACUGCUUUUAUCAGUAGACAGAGGCUGGCAUGAGCUGCAAAAAGACAAUCAUUUUUUUUAAGUGGGAAAUAUUGUUCUCAAGUUCUAUUCUAUAGGAAUUAUGGUUUUCUUGAGGUCAUGUCUUUGAGGAAGAUCCACUGAGGUUUAUUUUUUCAAAAACAAAUGCUUAUAAUACCAGCACUUGGGAGAUAGAAGUAAGACUGAGUUCAAAGCUAGCCUCAACGACAUGGUGAAUUUGAGGCUAGCCUGGGUCACAUGAAACUGUUUCAAAAGUAAAACAACACAGGGCUGGAGAGAUGGCUUAGUGGUUAAGGCGCUUGUCUGUAAAGCCACAGGACCCAGGUUCAAUUUCUCAGGACCCAUGUAAACCAGAUGCACAA